AUGACAAAGAACAUCGAGGUGCCUAAAGGAAUCUCCAAAGACGAGUUGGUCGACCUUGUUGUGUCAAAAAGGGAUGUGCCAAUUGUCAAUGUGAAGGCAUCGAAGCGGAUACUAUCGAGCUUGAUUCAUGAACAGCUAGUAGACUAUUUGGAGAUUAGAGGUUACGUGGUCUUGACCAAGGGACAGCUUUUGCCAACAACUCCGGACCCUUACGUCGAUUUUCAGGAGGCGGAGUUGUUGAAGGCUGUUCUACAGGACUUUGAGACCAAUUACCCAACGGUCCCCGAUGAAGUGAACUUGGCCCUAGAGAAGGUGCUCAACAAGAAAUACGCUAUCCGUAUCUCUGAAGGUUUCAGGGACCCUACCGGCAAGUAUAAGGUCAAAACGCUUGACCACGUAUUGAAAAGAUUUGGUGGCAACUGGGUGACAGUCAACUCCGUGGAGUCCAAGGAGCAGACUUGCCGUGCGUGCGUCAACUUCUUCAACCUCGGUGUUUAUUAA